AUGGGAAACUGCGCGGGGUCGACUGUGGAUGAACUACAAGCUUGUGAGAGUCAUCAGUGGUACAAAAAAUUCAUGACAGAGUGCCCAUCUGGACUUCUCACAUUUUACGAGUUUAAGCAGUUUUUUGGUCUGCGGAACCUGUCGGAUGCAUCAAAUGCCUAUGUGAAGACCAUGUUCACGACGUUUGACAUGAAUGAUGAUGGCUUCAUUGAUUUCAUGGAGUAUGUCGCUGCUCUGAGUCUGGUGCUGAAGGGAGGAGUGCAGCAGAAGCUCCGCUGGUACUUUAAACUGUAUGAUGUAGACGGGAGCGGCUGCAUUGACCGUGACGAGCUGCUUCUGAUCAUUAAGUCCAUUCGUGCAAUCAAUGGAAUUCCUUGUGAGACGUCAGCAGAGGAAUUUGCCAACAUGGUGUUUGACAAGAUUGACAUCAAUGGAGAUGGUGAACUGUCCUAUGAAGAGUUCAUGGAGGGGGUCCAGAAUGAUGAAAUGCUGCUGAAGACACUAACAGAGAGCUUGGACCUCACACACAUUGUUCAAAAAAUUCAAGGAGAGAUGAGGAAAAACAACUAA